ACACGCCAUUAAUGGAUUCUCCAUUCCACCCAUAAACUCCAGCCAUACAAUCACCCCACCUUGUUUCUUCCUCCCUGCCAUUCCCCUUUCUCCGCUUAUUAUGGCGCUUCAAUCACAGAAAAUGCAGAGAACUCAGAUCACUGAGAUACAGGUAAGGAUGGACUGUAAUGGGUGUGUCCAGAAAAUCAAGAAGGCCUUGCAUGGGAUUCAUGGUAUCUCUGAUCUCUACAUUGAUUUUCCUGGGCAGAAGAUUACAUUGGUUGGAUGGGCAGACCCUGAGAAAAUAGUGAAGGCGAUUAAGAAAACCCGAAAGAGUGCAGUCAUAUGUUCUCAUACAGAGGCAGAGCUGCCGGAGCCACCACCUCAGCCGCCGGAGCAAGGCUCUGAGGGUGAGUCCACUAGUCCUCCGGCGGAAGCUCCACCAGCUGAAGCGGCACAGCCUGCAGAGCCGCCGAAGGAGCCACCCAAAGAUCCGGGGCCGGAAAAUCAUUAUCCUGCAGAGGAAAAGCCAUGUCCUGAGGCCAAAAUCCAGGCAGACCAGCCUGCUAAGCAAAAGGAUGUGGAAGAGGUUCAUGUGGUUUACCACUAUCCACCAGACUACAGCUAUGGCUAUGGUGGACAAUGGAGUUACUAUCACCCUGGCGGUACUGGGUUCAGACAUGACCAGCCUCCACCGCCUCUCGGUUCAAGAUUCAGACACGAGCCAUUUGCAGCAAACAAUAGUCCAUCUUUCAGAUAUGAGCCACCUUCGCCUCCACCUCCCGGUGGGUCAAGAUUCAGACAAGAGCCGCCACCGCCCCAAAAUCCAGGGUUCCGACAAGACCCACCUCCACCACCCUACAGUUCAGGAUUCCGACAAGAACCACCGCCACCUCCACCCCCGAGUAGUUCAAGAACCAGACAAGAGCCGCCACCCCCUAGUAGUUCAAGAUCCAGACAAGAGCCGCCACCACCACCACCAACCUACACUCCAGAACUCAAACAUUCGGGAUUCAGGCAAGAACCGCCUCAACCCCCCGGUAGUUCAAGACUCAGACAAGAACCACCACCACCGCCACCAACCUACAGUCCAGAGUUCAAACAUCCAGGGUUCAGGCAAGAACCGCCUCAACCCCCGAGUAAUUCAAGACUCAGACAAGAACCACCACCACAACCACCACCGACCUACAGUCCAGAGUACAAACAUUCAGGAUACAGGCAAGAACCACCUCAACGCCCCAGUAGUUCACGGCUCCGACAAGAACCACCACCACCACCGCCACCAUCCUACAGUCAAGAACUCAAACACGAGCCUCCUCCAUACCAAAACGGUUCAGGAUUUAGACAAGAGUUCCCACAACCCAUAUACGUCUCUCAUAGCUACAACACCUACAAGCCAUCGCCUUAUGUCACUGGAUAUGAAUAUGUCAGGUCACCUCCAAGAAACAUGAAUUACAAUAGGCCCGAUCCAUAUCCGGAGGACAUGUACCCUAGACCAAGGCGUUACACAGGUUAUGAUUACGUCCAGUCACAAAACUCGCCUCCAAGAUACACACAUUAUGAUCAUUACACACAGGAUUACCGUAGACCCGAGCCUUACUCCGAGGACUACCACAACGGGAAUCUCUCCUCGAUGUUCAGUGAAGAAAAUCCUAAUGCAUGCACAAUAUCAUAGGAUUGCCAACAAGGUCUGUAUAACUGAUUUCGAAUAACUUGUUCAAGUGCCAAAACUCAUCUUCUCGUUGACAAUUACUGAGUGAAUAGUGUGAAAUUGUCAAGAGAAGAGAUUCUUAGCUUCAAAAGGCAGAUGGAAUUUAUUCUUCAGUCCACUUUGCCUUGGCAAUGCAUAUUGCCUGGCAUUCAUUUCAUGUACACGAAAACAAUUAAAGUCACUUUAUUCUUGGAUUAGAUUCCGCAGCUCCAUUUUCUUACACAAGGCCACCUUUUGCUAAUAAAGCUAAUAGACGGUGUACAUCUGAGCUUAGAAACCAAAAGAAAGGAAUAUUGAUAUUUAUUUACUU